CGGUCCCCCAAACCCGUUCCCUCCCCGCCGGUCGGGGACACGGCCCUGAACAGCAGCUGGGUUGCUGGCAUGGUGCUCAAGGCCUUCUUCCCCACAUGCUGUGCCUCAGUGGACAGUGGCCUGCUGGUAGGAUGAUGGGUCCCAGAGCAGAGCGCUGCCAUGGUCCUGGCUGUAGUGCACUUUCCCUUCAUCCCUAUCCAGGUCAAGGAGCUCCUGGCCCAGGUGCAGCAGGCUAGCCAACUGGGCAUGGCCGUGUUGGGAACCUGGUGCCACUGCCAGCAGGAGCUUGAGGAGAGCCUGGGACAUUUUUUAGAGGGCCUAGGUACUAUCUUCUCCCAUGACCCCUGGCUUCAGCUGUGCCGGGAGAAGGGCACCAGGUGUUGGAGCUGCAAGGCCAUCUACCGUCAGGUGUCCUCCUCCCCUGACACACCCAGUGAGGACCAAGUCAUGCUCAUCUUCUAUGACCAGCACAAGGUGCUGCUAUCCUGGCUGCAUCCACCUAUGACAGUGCCCAACUGCCAGGCUGGAGAUGUCACGGCCAGUGCUAGAGGCCUGGCUGCCAUCUUUGACACGGUAUCACGCAGCAAGAUGCUCUUCCACAGUGACUGGUUUGAUGAGAGCCCUGUGCGGCUGAGCCACUGGCAGUCAGAGGGUGUGGAGGCCAGUAUCCUGGUGGAACUGGCGAAGUGGGCCUCAGGGCCUGUCUGCUUGCUGGUGGUCUCUAUGCUGUCCAUAAUCUCAGCUGCUGGUACUUGGCGGCAUUGGAAUCUAUGGCCCCUGUCCUUCAUCAGAAGCAAGCUCUCUGCCUGUGAGCAGCUUCGGCACCGACUGGAGCAACUCUCACUUGUUUUCAGUACCCAGAAGGCCCAGAGCCCCACCCAGCUGAUGAGGAAGGCCAACAUGCUGGUCUCUGUGCUUGUGGAUGUGGCCCUCGGCCUCCUGAUGCUGUCCUGGCUUUACAGCAAUGACAGGAUUGGGCAGCUGGCCAAUGCUCUCAUCCCUGGAGCUGACCGUGUGGCCGAGGAGCUCCAGCAUCUGCUGCAGUGGCUGAUGGGUGCUCCUGCUGGGCUCAAGGUGAACCGGGCAUUGGACCAGGUGCUAGGCCGCUUCUUCCUGUACCACAUCCAUCUGUGGAUCAGCUACAUCCACCUCAUGUCUCCCUUCAUUGAGCACAUCCUGUGGCAUGUGGGGCUCUCAGCCUGCCUUGGACUGACCAUCGCUCUGUCCAUCCCAUCAGACAUCAUUGCCCUCCUCACUUUCCACAUCUACUGCUUCUAUGUCUACGGUGCCAGGCUAUACUGCCUGAAAAUCUAUGGCCUGUCCUCCCUCUGGCGUCUGUUUCGGGGGAAGAAGUGGAAUGUUCUUCGCCAGCGGGUGGAUUCCUGCUCCUAUGACCUUGACCAGUUGUUCAUUGGGACCCUGCUCUUUACCAUCUUGAUCUUCUUGCUGCCUACCACUGCCCUCUACUACCUGGUGUUCACCCUGCUCCGGCUCCUAGUGGUCACUGUGCAGGGCCUGAUCCACCUGCUCAUGGACUUUAUCAACUCUCUGCCUCUGUAUUCCCUUGGCCUUUGACUCUGCCGGCCCUAUAGGCUGGCAGCUGGCGUGAAGUUCCGAGUCCUGGCAGGCAGGCCCCUUCGCCUCCUGAUGCAGAUAAACCCACUGCCCUACAGCCUUGUGUUAUGUACCUAUCGCCUGCCCAGCUACGGCUGUCAUCCCAAGCACUCCUGGAGCUCCCUGUGCUGCAAGCUGUUCCUUGGAGAGCUCAUCUACCCUUGGAGGCAGAGAGGAGACAAGCAGGACUGAGGAGCCAGCCCCAGCCUGCCCACAAUCACCACA